AUGGAUAACAUUCAUUAUCGUAAAAAUGAUAUUCGUCGUGUUGAUAAAUGGCUCAAAAUGAUUUAUAAAUGGGAAGAAGUUGACUCUCUAUGGCAUCGUAUGUAUAAAAAUGGUCGAGCCUCUGAAAAGUUAACCCGACGAAUUUUCAAGGGGAUUCCUGAUCGAUUUCGCAUGACUGUUUGGCCUCUUCUUCUUUGCGUAGCAGAUGCUAAAAAUAGAAAUAAAGAUAUUUAUGCAAAGAUGCUGAAUCAAGCACUAUCUUCAUCAUGUUCACUCAAUCAAAUUGAUUUAGAUGUGAAUAGAACAUUUCGUAAUACGAUUUACUUUCGUGAUCGUUAUGGUCCUCGUCAAUGUGCACUAUUUCGUGUACUAGCUGCUUAUUCAGUGUAUAAUUCUGAAGUUGGUUACUGUCAGGGAAUGAGUGAAUUAGCUGGAUUAUUUCUUAUCUAUAUUGAAGAUGAAGAGGAUGCCUUUUGGGCAUUAAAUCAAUUGAUGACAGGUUAUCGACAUAAUAUGCAUAGUGUAUAUGUUGCUGAUUUCCCUGGAUUGAAGCGUUUAUUCACUCAUCAUGAACGUAUUUACAUAUGCAUUGAAAUGGUAUAUGCAAUGUUUUUUAGAUCGAUUACCUGUUACCUUAGUACUUCGUUUAUGGAUAUUUACUUAUUGGAAGGUGAAAAGUUGCUCCUAGCUAUGGCGUAUAAUAUACUGAAAAUGCACAACAAAAGAUUAUUACGAAUGGAUCAAAUGCAGAUGACAUCAUUUUUCCAAGAUGAACUUGCCAAGGAUUUCAUGUUCGAUGACGAUGAUGUUAUUGAUUCACUGAAAGAUUGUUUAGAACUAUUACAUAAGAACAAGUUGGAUACACCACCACCGUUGCCGUCUGAUAUGCUACCGAAACGACUUGGUCUCUUCACCUCCGAUCAAGUUUGGCGUAAUCGCAACGAUACACUGACUGCCAAUAAUACACCAACACUGACAAUGAAACCUUUCCCAGAUACACCACCAAUAAAACCUCAACUGACAGAUCAAUCAAGUUUUAAUGGGAAAUUACGUGCUCGAGUUUCUCCAUCUCAUUUACCUAAAACUAUACCAAUUAGCCCGAUUGGUUCAACUCCUGUGAGUCUGUCGUCUGUAUUGUCAAAAUCAUCGAAUUAUUCACCUAGUCUAGCUACAUCUGCAUCAAUAUUAACUGCUGCAGCACUGAAAAGUGGUGGUAGACGUUAUACACCAACUGGGCAAUUCUCUUCAAAAUAUAUAAAUCAUCCUAGUUAUAUACUUGUUAGUAAUCAAAAUCUAAAGUUUAAUCAUAUUCAAUCAUCAAGAUCUGAAAGUGCUUAUUCACCAUCCUAUAGCAGUAAUACUGGUGGUAUUCGAACUGUUCCCAUUGGUCGUAUAUCUGCUGAAACUAAACCAGAUAAUGUGUCGAGUAUUUACAGUCCAUUACAGUCGACGACUACAACAACAAGUGAAUCAUAUCCCAACUCACAAGAUGAAAGUUAUGCAACCACAAGUGGUCGUCAUUAUCGUAUGCAGAAGAAAUUAUCCUCCUCGAAGUCAAACGAUUACGAAAUUAUCCAGCGAUAUGAAUUAAACAAUGAGAAUAUCAAGUUGGUAUCAGUUGGACCACGAAGAACACCUGACUACAACUUAUCAAAUCCUCUAACACAGAAAUCUCCCAAUCAGAGUAAAUCACCAUAUACGCAGAAUAAAGAAAUUAGUGCACCAUUCCGAAGUGUUGACUAUAAUGAUAAAGUUAAACGAAGACCUUAUUUACCAACCCCUUUGACAACAUCGAUGACCACAGAAUCUCCAUCGUCUCGUUUAGGUCGAUGGACAAGUGAACAAGUUUUAUCAGUCAAUGUGAAUGAGCCAUCAUCAACAACUAGUUCUGAAAUAAGUCUUGAACAACCCUGGCAAAAACGUGAGAAAUCUCCUUCAGAAUAUGAUCAGUCACAUGGUCGUGUAAUAACAACAACACCGAAAGCAAAAGACGAUUAUCUAUGGACUACUCGUACUGCAAAAAGCAUCACUUCUUCUGUUGAUGGUGUCAUCAGUAAACUUGAUGGAACAUUAGUACCAGCAACUACAACAGCAAAAGAAGUGUGGGCAACUGUAGGAAAUAACUAUAUAGCUGGCACUGAUACUGGAAAUGCAAACUCCAACCUUCGUAUGAAUAGAUCAAUGUAUUCUCCUGUCAGUCCAGAUCUGUCCACUGGAUCACAAGAUACAAAAUAUUCACAUACCGUUUUCACAUCCUCAUCAUCACUAUCACCAGCUUCUAAACGGAUUCAAAUUAUUCGUGUGCCAGAUAAUGAUAAUUACAAUAAUAAUAAUAUCAAUAACAUGAAUAAAAGUAAUAUUCAUACCAACAGAAGAGAUAUAACAGAUUAUCAAUCUGUAAAGCCAAUAAAUGAUUAUGUACGUCGGAUACCAUCUACACCAAGAUCAAAUAUUAUUAUGAAACCAACAGAAAUAUUAAUGCCUGAGCCAAAACCAAUCUUUAAAACUGUUAAUAAAAAGUUAAUAACUGUUCAAUUGAAAAAGUGA